AAAAGUUAGUGUUAAAUUGUUUGAACUAUAUUUUAAAUCUCAGUACUCUUCAAUAUAAAUUAUAUACCUAGUAGGUUGUCUUCAUCAGGUUUGUACAGUUUAUAAAUAAUGAAGCCAGUUUUAACCCAGUUCUGCUGCACAACUCCUCUUAGAUCAGGCUGCAAAGUGAUUGGUGCUUUUCUAAUCAUAUCUGCGACAUUAUAUUUGGGCCGGCAUUUAUCUCAGCAUCAACCAAUUGAGUCAGACGAAAGAGUUGCACAAUUUCUUAAACUAGUUUCCACAAUCUCUGUGGCUGGAUCUGUAUGCAGUUACAUCAUUGCAAUUAUCCUAUUGGUCGGAGUUUACAAGGAUGUGCUGCAAAUGUUACUUGGGUCUUCGGUAUUGUUGUUCCUGUAUGCAGUCAGUCUUCUCGCGGUUGGUGGUUAUAUGUUAUACAUUAGUCAUGCGAUAUAUUUUAUCGCUCUGACGAUUUAUGAAUUGGUGAACCUUUACUUCGCAAUCGUUGUGUUCAGUUAUUACCUAGAGAGAAAGGAAGAGACGCAGUUUUUGACAACUUUGGAUGAACCAAUGAGGUCUGCACUUGAACGACAAAGGGGCCAAGCUAAAGAACAAGGGGUUCCCGACCCUAUGAGAGCAGCUCUUAUGAAAUAUAGAACCGAUAUUAAAGAAGAAAAAAGAAAGGAAAGUCAACCAAAUCAAGCAGGCUCCUCUCAGCCAACUCCAAGGAAUUAAAUCAUAACAAACUAAUUUAUACAAACACAGUAACACAUACAGUAAUUAUACAUGUUUGUAGUUAUGUGUACAGUAAUUUAUACAA